AUGAACGCUGCGGUAUGCACUCCCACCACCGACGACGACCGCUCUCGUAAAAUCUCCUCCUGGACCCGAAAUGCUGACGGACGACCGAACACANNGGCUCCCGCUCUCUCCACGUCCAGAAGCACACUUGCUCCAACUGCGGCUACCCUAGCGCUAGCAUCAGAAAGUCAACACANNGUCAACUGGGGCGAGAAGGCCAAGAGAAGAAAGACCACCGGUACCGGCCGCAUGCGCUCAUUGAAGCUCGUCUCCCGCAAGUUCAGCAACGGCUUCCGCAACGGCACCCCCAAGGGCGCCCGUGGCCCCCAGAACGCCUCCGCCUAA